AUGGAGGUCCCCGAGAGCCCAACCUCGGAAUUCCCCAUCCGUCCUACUACGGCCCUCAAAAUUAAAAAGAAGAGGUCUCCGAAGAAUGGAAACCUCACACCAACAAUCACACCCGCGAAGAAUGGCGCAAUUGAGGACUCGGCGCCCGAAGAUGGCCAAGCACGGCCCUCGAAGCGAAAGCGAGACUCACAAUCAGGUCAACCAAGCAAAAGCAAAAAGUCGCGUCGAGAAUCCGAGAUCGAAUUGCCUUCGAAGGUCGAAGCCGAGGAGCUUGAAAUAGAAGAAACUCAAGAUCAAGUACAAGAUGAGAGCGGGGAGAAGAGCAAAUCUCGAAGGGCUUCUACCUCCGAGGCUUCCCCGGAUCCAACCUCCGAUGCGAAAAGCAACGAUGGGCAACCGAAAAAGGCAAGAGGGCCCCGGAUCGGAGGUAGAAACCAGCAAAAGGUUGGAUUUUUCGCCGAGGACGAAGUCAAAGCAUUGGAACAAUUCAAAAUCAGAUUCUGCAACACUCACGGUGUUCAAGGACGUCUCUUCGAUGCCAUGAUUCAGCACUCAGAGCGCGGUGGAGAGGAGUGGCCUCUGCCGACGCAAGUGCAAACCAAGAAUGAGUUCUGGAAUGAGAUAUACGAUCUGAUUCCUGACCGAGAUCGUCGUUCUGUCUAUCGAUUCAUGCGCCGUCAUUUCCAAGAUACUACGCAAAAGGCCCACGUAUGGACUCCCGAGCAGGACGAUGAGCUUGUUCGGCUUCAUGCUCACCACGGGCCCAAAUACGCGCUCAUUGCGAAGAUCCUCGGCCGCAGCGACGAUGACGUGACGCAGCGUUGGAAAAAUCGCCUACAAUAUCGGGCGACCAAAUUGACCGGCGCUUGGAGUGAGGCUGAACUUGUCGCAUUUAUCAACUCAUUGGAGGAAUACCGAAAGAUUCUCAUAGAGUCUUCUGCAGAUCCCGAAAAGGCAGGCAAGGAUAUCUGGGAAAUGGACUUGAAAUCCAUCUCUUGGGGGUCCAUCAGCAACGGCAUGGAAAAUACGCGGACCCGUCAACAAUGCGCCGAUAAAUGGCGAAAGAUUGCCAAGACCAUCAAGACCCUACGCGAAACCGUCGAUCCUGACGCCGAUUUCGACCCCAGCGAGUCAGCCAGGAGAUGGCAGCGGUACAACGGCAACUCAUCGCGCGAGAGGAGCACAGCCCCAAAAUCAGAGGAUUUUGUGAACAGUGAUAGCGAAGAGGAAGAGGGUUCUCGCAUCCCUAGUUCAACCCCGGCACAUCUCCCCAAACUUGAACUUACCAAUGAAGAAGAAAGACUUCUUCUUUCGCAACUAGAUCAAGCUCCCGGACCACAGCCGUCAGUCAGUCUGAGCAUUAGCGAGGCAAAUGGCGUACCUGGCGCGGAACAAACCUCGCCGAAGCAGACCAAUGUCUUCACUGAAGAGUUUGCAGCAAUGGAACCUGCGACUCCCUCCCACGAGGUCUCCGAGAGCGUGGCGGCUGAAAAGCAGAGAUUACGAGAGGAGAAAAAGGAAAAGAAACGCAGGAAGAAGGAAGAGAAAGAGCGCAAGAAGCUAGAGACUGCAGCGGAAAUCCAAGCUCCUCAUGAAAGCGAUAGUGACGGUAAUCAGAACGAUGAUCCGUCCACGCCACAUCAAAAAAAGCGCAAAGAUAAAAAGCACCGCAAGUCGGAGAUGAAUGAUGCAGAAUUGGUCGCGUCAUCAAGCAAGAAAUCCAAGAAGGAGAAAAAGACCAAAUAG